AUGGAGAAGCAUGAAUCCCCAGUGAAAGGAAAGAGAGUGGUAGUCAUAGGAGGUGGAGUUGCUGGUUCCCUCAUCGCCAAAUAUCUCCAGUCUCAUGCCCAUGUCACACUCAUUGAUCCGAAGGAGUAUUUUGAGAUGCCAUGGGGAAGCUUGAGGGCAAAGGUUGAGCCAUCAUUUGCAGAGAGAACGACUAUCAACCACAGAGCUUACCUCCCCAGUGGCCACAUUAUUGUAUCAAGUGCCAUCGAUAUAACUGAAACUGAAGUCUUGACUGCAGAUGGCCAACAUGUUGGCUACGACUAUCUAGUCAUUGCCACCGGCCAUGCGGAGAAGUUCCCCACAAGUAGGACUGAGAGACUUCAUCAAUAUAAUGCAGAUAAUGAGAAGAUAAAAUCAGCUCAGUCCAUUCUGAUUAUUGGCGGAGGUCCAACUGGUGUUGAACUUGCUGGGGAGAUUGCUGUUGAUUUUCCCGAUAAAAAAGUUACUCUAGUGCACAAAGGACCAAGGCUCCUGGACUUCAUCGGGCCAAAAGCCGGUGAAAAGACCCUAAAAUGGUUGAAGUCUAAGAAAGUUGAGGUGAGGUUAGAGCAGACAGUAAAUGUAGACGAAGUAGCAGAUGGCGACAAAAUAUACCGAACUUCACUUGGAGAAACCAUUGUGGCAGAUUGUCAUUUUUUAUGCACUGCGAAACAGGGUGGUUCUGCUUGGCUUGAGAAAACAGAGUUAAAGGAUGACCUGGAUGUUCUUGGAAGGCUUAUGGUAGAUGAGCAUUUGAGAGUCAAACGCUGGCACAAUAUUUUUGCAAUUGGAGACAUUACAGAUGUUCCUGAAAUCAAACAAGGGUUUUGUGCACAAAAGCAGGCUGCUGUUGUUGCAAAGAACUUGAGACUGAUGAUUGAAGGAGGAAAAGAACAUAGGUUGGGGAAGUACAGUCCACAACCCGCAUUCGCUAUGGUUUCACUUGGCCGGAAAGAUGCCGUGGCACAACUGCCAUGCCUCACUAUCAUUGGCAGAAUUCCUGGGUUGAUCAAGUCAGGAGAUUUGUUUGUGGGCAGAACAAGAAAGCAAAUGGGUGUUUAG